CCAUGUGACGUCACAGUAGUCGUAACAUGGCCGCGAUCGCGAAGGAAAGUGUUUUGAGUAGAUUACCGAUUAUUGUGAUUUUAGGUGCAACAGGAACUGGGAAAUCUAAAUUAGCUUUACAAGUAGCAAAAAAGUUCAAUGGAGAAAUCAUCAGCGCUGAUGCAAUGCAGGUGUACCGCGGUUUGGACAUCGUCACCAAUAAGGUGACCCCUGAAGAAUUGAGGCAGGUGCCUCAUCACAUGCUGGAUUACGUCAAUCCUGGACAACCCACGAAGGUCGUGGAUUUCAGGGACAGGGCGCUGCCCAUCAUCGAGGACCUGCUGGAGCGCCGCAAGCUGCCCGUGGUGGCGGGGGGGACGUGCUACUACGUGGAGGCCCUGCUGUGGAAGUUGCUGAUGCCUGUGCCGGAGUACGAGGGGCCGCCGCCCAAGCGUGCCAGGAAUGCGACUAGUGACGGGAGUGUGGGUAGUGGUCCAGUGCAGUGCGAGGGAGUGCGGGGUGUGAUGGGGAGGGUGGGCGAUAUACUCGCGGGGAAGGGAAUUGUCGGGAAUGUCGUGAAAGACGCUGUGGAAGAGCUGAGCGCUGACGACAAGGCGGAGCUUCACAACACCCUGAAGGAAGUCGACCCCGAGAGGGCGCUGGAACUGCACCCGAACAACGUCCGGAAAGUUAUCAGGUCACUGCAAGUGUUUGACUCCACGGGUCGCCGCCACAGCGAGUUGAUCCAGGAGCAGAGGGCUGAGGGGGGCAACCAUCUGGGCGGCCCGCUGCGGUUCCCGCACUCAGUCAUCCUCUGGGUAACCUGUGACCAGCCUACCUUGGACGCCCGACUGGAUGCGAGGGUGGACGAGAUGGUUCGGCAGGGGUUGAUAGCAGAGCUGCAGACAUUCCACCAGCAGUACAACCUCCAGAGGGUGGUAGGGGAGGAUGGUGAGUUACGUACGCCUGUCUACACACUGGGAAUAUUCCAGAGCAUUGGGUUCAAGGAAUUCCACGAUUAUCUGAUGCUGAGCGAGGAGCAGAGGGAGACCGAGGAAGGUCGGAAGCUGUUUGAGAAAGGGGUGGAACUCAUGAAGGUGGCCACCCGACAGUAUGCAAGGAGGCAGAUCAAGUGGAUCCGCCAGAGAUUCUUGGGUAGAGGAGACUCACAGGUGCCUCCCCUCUAUACCUUGGAUGGGACAGACGUUGGUCAGUGGGACAGCCAGGUCCGAGACAAGGCAUUCUCUGUAGUACAGAGUGCGCUGGAUGGCACGCCCUGCCCUAUACACCGGGAACCUGUACUUCAGAAGAAUGCCACAGAUCGCAAGUGGAUGAGGUGUGAGCAGUGUGACCGGUUGUUCGAGGGAACAAGUCAGUUGGAGGCACACCUGCGGUCGCAGAAGCACAGGCGGCGGUUGGCGAAGCUGGCCAGAGAAGCGGAACAGAAGACUGUCAGUCUGGAUGUGAACAGAACAGACACAAUCAGUACGGCUCGAAUCAAUGUUAAAUGUGGUGAUAAUACAUAGCUUUUCUGUUAGUGAAA